AUGCUAUUUUAAUUUUCAGGUUCGCUGGAUGAUGUACUGGAUUGUGUGUGCUCUUUAUACAGUUACUGAAACGAUAACUGACCUAACAGUCUCUUGGUUUCCACUGUACUAUGAAUUGAAGAUAGCUUUUGUUAUCUGUCUCCUUUCCCCAUAUACUAGAGGGACAAAUUUAAUCUACAGAAAAUUCCUCCACCCACUGCUUUCUUCUAAAGAAAGGGAGAUUGAUGAGUACAUUGUCCAAGCCAAAGAAACAGGCUAUGAGACCAUGGUGAAUUUUGGAAGGCAGGGGUUGAAUUUGGCAGCAACUGCUGCAGUGACAGCAGCUGUAAAGGUAAGUUUCUGCUUGCAUUAAUUGCUUUUGAGC